AUGUAUUGUACAUUUCGACGUGGUGCAUUCAAAAGGCCACGCCCCCUUGCUUUCGUGUGCGAAUGGCACCCACCGGUAGAAAACGAAAUUGAAGACAAAGACGCCGCGUUCCAAACGGUGAGAGCUACUAGAAAAGAAGUUCGAAAUAUCAGCUAUUGCAAUUGCAGGCGAUCAGUUUCACAAAGGAGUGCAAAUCCUGCAGAAAAAGAGGAAAGGAAGCCACAAAUCUUGUUAUCAAAGGAGAAACCUAGAGAAGUCUUUGGAGAGGCUCAAUCCUCACCGAAAGAGAAACCACUAGAAUUAACGUCAGUGUAG